GUCCAUGUCUACCACCCCGACUGCGAGUGCUGGUAUAUUACCCAGACACACCAGGGGACUGCCAUAGGCAUAUCUGCCAUAGGCAUAUAUGGCAGUCCCAUUAGUCGUGUCUGGGUUAUGCAUGUGUACGACCUUGGUCUUCUCUGCCCCAUGCUUCGAUGUAGCGAAGGCUGUUGCAGUCGACGACACGCCUCGUCGAGAUGUGGAGCCGUUCUGCAUCGAAGUUCCGAAGGGGUGCAGAUGACUUGUUCGGAUGGGAGGCGUCGGAUGUUUGUCCUGUCCUUUAGCACCAACAAGAAGCUGAAGGCCGAACAGUUGCAUAGGUUUUUCAUUGUUUUUCAAGAUCCAGGGUAUAUUAGAACCUGAGUGACCUACUACUGGGGACCGGAAAAUCACUGAAGAUAUGGCCCUUUCUAAUCAAAAGCAGGCGUUCCGGAAUGCUUUCGCUACCCCACCUCGCUGGGUCACAUCGGUGGGCGACCUCCAGUGGUCAGGAAGGCUUUUCGGUGCUCUUCUUACGGCUCCUCCACAUCCUGGUCAGCGAGGCCACGGUGGAGACUUCACGUGAGCCGCUGGUCGAGUCUUUGAAGAAUCUCUUGUUGGUGAUCUCCGCGGAUCCCGCCUUUGGCGAACUUUCGUCUCCAAAGCAGGGCGAAACGCUUUUAGAGGCAGCCUGGGGUGUGGUGGCCCCUUCAUUGCCAGAGCUGCGGCGGGAGGUCUCCUUGAUCUUGGAUCCAAGUGCAGUGGAACCAGGCUCUGAGAGCACAAGUUGCUAGUUCCCGGCUCCGCGAAGGUGAAGUGCCGGAGUCGCCGCCCAUCUGAACAUGCCUCGGAACCCGCGGCGUGGACUCCGCUGGUGCGGAGUGGCGUCGACGCUGCGGGUUCACACGCCACGGCACUGGGGAUGCGCGAGAAUGCCAUGGAGGCCGAGAAUCGAGGCCCUUGGACC